AUGGUUUUCAUAACUACUAUUCGCCAUGCGAUUCAGCAACGUUCACGAAUGUUUCUUCCAACACCAAUUCAUCUUCCAAGAGAAAGUCGUUCUAAAAGUCAACCAUUAUUACAAGACGCAGCUAUCAUACAUAGUGUAGAACAUGGCUUUCCACAAUUGUUACCAACAGGUUUUCGUGUUUUAACUAAAUUAAAAAGUUUAAUUCGAAAUGAAAUGAAUAAUGUUGGCGGGCAAGAAUUAUGUCUUUCAGCAGUGGGACGAAAAACGAUUUGGGAAAUAAGUGACCGAUGGAAUUUAAUGCAUGAAGAAUUAUUUAAAUUUAAAGAUCAUGACGAAGAAUAUUGUCUAAGUCCAACUCAUGAAGAAGCAAUCACUAAACUUGUUUCAUCUGUGUGUAAAUCCCUUCCACGAAGUAAUUAUCCAUUACUUGUUUAUCAGAUUACAUGGAAAUAUCGUAAUGAACGGAAUUAUCGCCACGGUCUUCUUCGAACCAAAGAAUUUCUUAUGAAAGAUCUGUAUAGCUUCCAUAGAGAUGAAGAAUGUGCACGUGUUGUGUAUGAUCAAGUUUGUGAUGCAUAUGAACGAAUAUUUAAAAAAUUAGAACUCAAUUGUUUUAAAGUACCAGCUGAUAGUGGUUUGAUGGGUGGCUCCUUAAAUCACGAAUUUCUAGCAGUAUCACCCGUUGGCGAAGAUACAUUACUUGUUUGUCCAGAAUGUAAUCGUGGAUCUUUAAAAAAUAAAGCUCAAUGUGAGCAUACGCAAAAAAUUGAACAGCGUGCCAUUGAAAUUGGACAUUGUUUUCUUCUUGGUGAUCGUUACACAAAAGCAUUUAAUGCCAUUGAGGGAUCGUCAGAUAUUGCCGUUGACAAAAAACCUUUAGUGAUGGGCUGUUAUGGUAUUGGUGUAACACGUUUAAUGGCAGCAACAGUUGAAAUACUUACACCAAAGGACUCUGAUGAUAUACAUUGGCCACGACGAAUUGUUCCUUAUCAAGUUGCUAUUUUACCACCGAAAAAAGGUAGUCCUGAAGAAGCCAAUGGUAAUGAGAAAACUCUUGGUCGCUUGUUAAAUCUCAGUAAUACGGAAUGGUUUGUUGAUGAUCGUACUGAAUUGACAAUUGGUUAUCGAUUAAAAGAUUGUCAAAAAAUGGGUAUUCCUAUUGUUAUAGCAUUUGGAAAACGAGCUACUAAACAAAAUUUAUGUGAAAUUAUCGAUGUAUACAAUAAUCGAACAGAAUAUUUAGACUAUGAAGAUACAUUAAAGUUCAUUCAAGAUUAUUAUUCAGCUUUUUGUUAG